GUUUGAACGUAUAGUAUUUGAGUUGUUGACUAUAAAAUCAUUGCAACUGUUACAAAAGUGCGGAAUCUAACUUUUUUUUCUCUCUUUCUUUUUCUCUCCCACGCUGCUAUGUUCUUUAAAAACACCUUCAACGCUAUAUCAAAGCGACUCUAUCAUUCACGUCUUCAAGGAAAAAACGUUUUUAUUACAGGAGCUUCAGCUGGAAUAGGAGAAGCGUGUGCAAGAGAGUUUGCAAAAGAAGGCUCGAAUUUGAUUCUAGCUGCACGAAGAGUGGAUCGAUUGAAGGCACUUCAAGAGGAACUUUCUAAACAACAUAAAGGCAUACAGAUCCACACUUUAUCAUUAGACGUUCGAAAGAAACAAAACAUCGACGAGGCUAUUAACAAUUUACCUCAGAAGGACCAGAUAGAUGUGUUGGUUAAUAACGCAGGUUUAGUGAUUGGUGUAGAUCACCUUGUAGAUGUCUCGGAGGACGCGUUUGAUACGAUGUUUGAAACCAACGUCAAGGGACUCGUCUUUUUAACUCAGGCAUUAUUACCAGGCAUGAAAGCGAAUCAAAGAGGUCAUAUUAUAAAUAUCGGAUCAGUGGCAGGAAAACAAAGUUAUCCUGGCGGAAGUAUUUACUGUGCUACAAAACAUGCGGUAGAUGCCAUCACAAAGGCGCUUCUUUAUGAAUUGGUGGAUACACCCAUCAGAGUGAGCCAGAUUUGUCCUGGUUUAGUAAACACAGAAUUCUCGACUAUUAGGUUUAGAGGGGAUAAAGACAAGGCAAGUGAUGUAUACAAAGGUCUACAACCACUCGUGGGUCAAGAUAUCGCUGAACUUGUAACAUUUACUGCUUCAAGACCAAGUCAUGUUAAUAUUUGUGAUAUGCUAGUAUUCCCCACGUCACAGGCAGACGCAAAGACUGUUCAUCGCUCAAUAAAAUAAACAUUUCUUAUGGACGUUGUACAGAAACGCGC